AUGGCGAAUGAGGCGCCUCACGCACCGACUCAAACAUGGGAAUUAAGCUUGUACGAGCUUCAUCGUACCCCGCAAGAAGCCAUUACCGAUAAUACUGAAAUAGCAGUCUCACCCCGUAGUUUGCACAGCGAAUUAAUGUGUCCAAUAUGUCUAGAUAUGCUGAAAAACACGAUGACAACAAAGGAAUGUUUACACAGAUUUUGCCAGGAAUGCAUCAUCACAGCAUUACGUAGCGGGAACAAAGAAUGCCCUACGUGUAGGAAGAAAUUGGUUUCAAAGCGGUCAUUAAGACCUGACCCAAACUUCGAUGCGCUAAUUUCCAAGAUUUACCCAAGCAGAGAUGAAUACGAAGCUCACCAGGAAAGGGUACUGGCAAAAUUGAACAGACACCACAGCACAGCAGCUUUAACACAGAGCAUAGAAGAAGGGUUACGGCAGCAGGCUUUAAAUCGAGCACAGAGAGUUAGAAAACAGAUCUCCGAUCCGGAUGGUCUGGUACGGGCAGCAGACACUGGUUCCUGUACUUCCAAUGACAACACUCCCAGGAAAAAGUUAAAGCAGUUCUCAGAUGACUCGAGCACUGAGAACUCCCUCCUUGAGGCUCCUGAACCCAGCCAGCCAGAGCAAGCGCAACCAUUGAGUGAGAUAGAGCUGGUGUUCAAACCUCAUCCGAAAGAUUGCGGUGACAAGCAGGAGGAAGCAAGAUACAUCAAAACAACAGCUAAUGCAACAGUGGAGCACCUUUCCAAGUACCUUGCCAUCCGGCUGUCUAUUGAGGUGCAGAGUGACCUUGACCCUUCAUCUGCGGACGACAAGAGGUAUGCCAUCUAUAUCGCAGCUAGUGGAGACAACUACAUCUUGCUUCCUGGGAACAUAACCCUUGAACAGGUCAAUGAUAAGUACUGGAAAGUGAAUAAACCCCUGGAAAUGUUUUACUCCCUGUGCAAGAAGUCACCAGACAAUGCAGCAUCUUCACCUAAUAAGAAAAUUGAGAAAUAGAGUCGAAAAGCAGUAUUAUGAAUAUUUGUGACUUCAGAUUGUUUGAAUGAUCUAAUGACGAAUGUGUGCUUUGAAAUAAACACUUUGCUGGUUUUGCUGGUUUUGAAUAAAGCAUAACAUCAGUAAAUGUGACUGGCAGUGAUUAAUUGCUAAAAAGUACCUCAGAAACUGAGAAUAUAAAAGUAACUGUGAAUGUACUGGAAUAAAUGUAAACAGUUGCGUAUUUCAUUUGCUUAUAUUGAUGUGCAUGUCAAAAUAAAAAUACAUAUACAAAAUGCAAGUUGUCAGAAAUGUAAAAUAUAAAAUAAAGUAUAAGUGUUCUGUAUAAAACAUGCAUACUUUAAUAUUAAAGUCCAUGUACCAUUGUAGAGAGAACGUGAUACCAGCAUUUUAUGAGGCAGUAUGUAUUGAACAUGUUAACAGCAUAAGGCAGUCUGGGUUAUAGAUGUUACCAACUUAAGGCAGUCGGGGUUGAUCAUGAUAAAAGUUGUCAGGGUAAGGCAGUAUUGAAUAUGUUACAGCAUUGUGCAGUCCAGGUUGACCAUGUUUAAAUCAAAAAGUAGUCUGGGUUGAACAUGUUACCAGCAUAAGGCAGUCCACAUUGAACAUGUUACAAGUUGAGGGCAGUCUGUGUUGAACAUGUCACAAGCUAAAGGCAAUCUGUGUUGAACAUGUCACAAGCUAAAGGCAAUCUGUGUUGAACAUGUCACAAGCUAAAGGCAAUCUGUGUUGAACAUGUCACAAGCUAAAGGCAAUCUGUGUUGAACAUGUCACAAGCGUAAGGCAGUCUGUGUUGAACAUGUUGCAAGCUAAAGGCAAUCUGUGUUGAACAUGUCACAAGCUAAAGGCAAUCUGUGUUGAACGUGUCACAAGCGUAAGGCAGUCUGUGUUGAACAUGUUGCAAGCGUAAGGCAGUCUGUGUUGAACAUGUUAUUGCAAAGAUUUUGUAUUUAUAAUGAGAAUGAAAUGUUCUCAAGCUGUUUUAAUAUCAGUCUUUGUGCUUUUAUUUAAUGUUUAUAAUAAAAAUCCAACUGAACUUAAUACAAUAAAUGUUUCUG